AAGUCGAGUUCCUGCGCUGGUCCCGCACAGAGGCCGAAGGAAAGGGCAGGGAUGAGGCUGUGCCUGCUGGGCUGCUUGGUGGCCGCACUGAUUUGGGAGGGGGCCGGCAUCCCCCUGGGAAGGGCUCCAACACGGGAGGAGUCAAAGGAACAGGUCAAGAUCAAGAGACUCAAGCAUCAUCGUUUUCACCCUUCUAACAGGAUACCGUUCCAAAUGAGGACCGUCGAACAACCUCUACUACAGGCAUUUAAGAGAGAUUGGAAUUCCUCAGAAGACUUCCCCAUAUGCUGCGAUGGCAGCGUGGACGGGCCCGAGAGCAGAAAGGAAGGAGGGGAAGCCGGCAGGAAUUCUUCCACGGAGGACAUAUACGUGAUAUUCGGGACGUUCGUGGAUCCUGCCGAGGAGGGAACAUUGGAAAGAAGGAGCCGUUGUGAAGGCUGUUGUGGAGAGAGAGUCACUUUGGGGCCGGAAUCCUGGAGAAGCCAGGAGGAGGCCGGGGAUGUUCCGGGUACCGGAACCACUCACAUGGAGAAGACCGGGGAAAUGAAGGUCAUCAAUCUGCAUGAUAACAUCAACUUGACUUUUCCUUGGCCACAGGCUUUGAGCAGACCCUUCACCCAAGUCUGGAAGAAAGAAAGUGACCUCUGUGCUGGCUGCUGCCCUGACCCCAGGACCCACCGAUCAGAAGUCCCUGCAGAUGGAGAGGAAGGAGGAGUGGUCGGGAGCUCUCCUGGGCUGGCCAGUGUCCAAGGACCACAGAAUUCCUGGACCAGACUGGGCCAUUUGAUCCGCAGGAUUCAGGUUCAUUAUCCGAACGGGAGCUACCAGAUGUAUGAAACAUACAAGUUACAAAUGCCUUUACAGACCUGUCUCCCAUGUCCCACAGUUAGAGAGUACAACUUGACGGAGACAAAAGUCUUCAUUGUCGACUAGGAUCCUGGAGGAUACUUCUGGGGUAACCCAGGGCCCCCCACCCAGCCAAUACACCCUCAGGAGGAGAAAACACAGAGAAGAACCCAGGGAGGGUCUUACUGCUCAAGGCCAUCCAAGGACCAAUUAAGUUAAACUGGUGUCAACCCAACCCGGCCCUGUGGAAUCCAGAACAACCAAUCUGGUCUCUCUCUCUCUCUCUCUGGUAGCACCAAGCUUAGGUGGCUACUCUUCCUGCUUCCAAUCGCUCUUUCCUUCCUCCCCCACGCUCGGUCUCUUGUGUCUUUACACCGAUCUGGCCUGCAGCCCAGCUUCCUCCCCUCCCCUGCGAGGCCACUACUCUCUGUAACAGUCACCAAGAAGCCUCAGGUUGGGCAGGAAACGGUUAACCCCGCAGGGAAUGAUGGAGGAAUCUGGGAAUAAAGGAGUUGGAGAUCUGUUC